AAAGUAUAAAUAUACAGCACGUCCAAGAGUACAUCAUGUUCAUAAUUCUGCUUUACCUGAUCACUCGUUCCACUAUUUAUUUUUCGAAUUACUUGUUUGAGAGAAUGUAUAAAAUCGACCAUGAUCAGCCAAGUUUGAACGAAUCGAAUGAACCCAAUAACGAGGCCUCUUCCGAAUCGACAAAUUUCGGCGAAAGUUCCGAUGUGAACGAUAUGACGGAUGCCGAGAUGUUGGGAACAUUAGAAUCAGGAACACCCGAAUCAGGAAUUGUAUGGAAUCAAUACAAGCAUAGAAAUUACAGAUUUGCUAAAUUCGUUACGCCGAAAGAUUCUCCUGUCUACUUGAUGACGCAGAAAAAACGCGGUAAAUGCAUUAUAUUCAACCACGAGAAGUUCGAAAAUGAAAGAGAAUCACGUCGAGAAGGGACAAACUACGACGAGUAUGCGAUAAACGAAACCUUUUCUGCUCUUGGUUUCGAAGUGAAGAUUUAUAAGGAUUUGAGGGUCAACGAAAUUAUGGAUGUCAUUAUGAAUUUGCAAAAUGAAGAACACUACGAUUGCGACUGCAUAUGUUUCUUUGUAUUAACUCAUGGUAAAGUCGGUGAUAAUGUAUCUGCGUACGACAUGACUUAUCCGGUUCAGAUGAUUUGGCAACCAUUCAAUUCGGAUAGUUGCAUAUCAUUGGCUGGUAAACCAAAACUAUUUUUCGUACAGGCUUGUAGAGGUGUAGCUAGCGAUUCAGGUAUUCAAGGUAGAUCCUGUGGUACAGAUUCAGAUGAAAUGACUUAUAUACUUCCUACAACUGCAGAUUUUUUAUAUGCUUAUAGCACUAUGGAAGGUUGUUAUUCGUUUCGUGAUACGAAUCAAGGUUCGUGGUAUAUUCAAACUUUGUGCAAAGUUAUUAACAAGCAUUGGAGAGAUUGCGACCUGUUGAAAAUGUUAACGAUAACAUUACGAAAAGUUGCUACGGAAUAUUCAUCUCAACAUUAUGAAUCGGAUAAAGACAAGAAGAAGCAAAUGCCUACUUUCACUUCAACAUUGACUAGAGAUCUAUAUUUUAAUUCUGUGGAAUAAGUAACGAUCUGCUUCUAACAAAUUGAGAAUUUUAAAAAAAAUCCAUCACUAUUGUUAUAACUAUUAGAUGAGAAAAAGGAAAAACAAAAAAAAAUUAUAAGACAAAGUUAAAAGUAUCUAUUAAUACCAUUUUGUACAAACUAUGAUAAUGAUUCAUCGUAUCGUUACAAUUAUUAACUAGGUUAGAAUAUUAUCAUUCAAUAUUUAAAGAAAACUGGUAAUUAAAAUUAGUACUGUAGAUCAUUUU